GCACUAUCUCUACUGCUGCUGCUGCUGCUGCUGCUGCUGCCGCCGCUGCUGCUGCCGCCGCCGCUACUGCUGCCGGCAGAGCUGCUGGGAGUGAGCUGAGCAUCCCCCGUCCGGGAUACCCAGCUCGGGCGGCAGCUCCCGCGCCCUGGCCCGACACGGACCUGCCAGCCCCAGGGAACAAAAGCGGAGCCCGGUCGCCCUCUCCUGCAGCCAGAGGAUGAGUCGAGAGGGCUGAGCGGAGAGUGUGGUCCUCAGCGGCUGGAAGCUCCUGUUCUCAAUCUUGACAUUAGAGAGUACCAAACUCUUGGGGAAUUUGUAGACCAGUAGAACAGCCGACUGAAGGAACAACAACAAAACAGUGGAGAAGGACAUAGAGUUAUCUACAUUUAUUUACCCAGCUACGUCCUUGGCUUUUCUCGAUGACGAUUCCUGACUUGUGGCCCUGGAAAUCUUGGCAAAACAUCAUCCAGUCUCUUGAGUCCAGACCUUGGGUCCUCCUUUUCCCCAGCGUCACCUCCACUCAGCUGACCAAACUACUUUCUAGGACACAUCCUUCGGCAAGACAUGGUGGUGAACCCUGGCUCUAAAUCUUCAUGAUUGAGGGACUCUUUGACACAACACAAAGCACGCGGAAGGAGUGAAUGAAAUGUGCAGCUCGGGGCAUUGUUUCUGAAGGGAGGAGUCGUUCUCUUGGAGAGGAAUCCUCCAUGAGCCUGGCCGAGGCCCGGGAUCUGUGUGAAGUGGACUAAGGAUUUAGUAGGAUGUCAACUGAGACAGAACUUCAAGUAGCUGUGAAAACCAGCGCCAAGAAAGACUCCAGAAAGAAAGGUCAGGAUCGCAGUGAAGCCACUUUGAUAAAGAGGUUUAAAGGUGAAGGGGUCCGGUACAAGGCCAAACUGAUCGGGAUUGAUGAGGUUUCUGCAGCUCGGGGAGACAAGUUAUGUCAAGAUUCCAUGAUGAAACUCAAGGGCGUUGUUGCUGGCGCACGUUCCAAAGGAGAACACAAACAGAAAAUCUUUUUAACCAUCUCCUUUGGAGGUAUCAAAAUCUUUGAUGAGAAGACAGGGGCCCUUCAGCAUCAUCAUGCUGUUCAUGAAAUUUCCUACAUUGCAAAGGACAUCACAGACCACCGGGCCUUUGGAUACGUUUGUGGGAAGGAAGGGAAUCACAGAUUUGUGGCCAUAAAAACAGCCCAGGCGGCUGAACCUGUUAUUCUGGACUUGAGAGAUCUCUUUCAACUGAUUUACGAAUUGAAGCAACGAGAAGAAUUGGAAAAAAAGGCACAAAAGGAUAAGCAGUGUGAACAAGCUGUGUAUCAGACAAUUUUGGAAGAGGAUGUUGAAGAUCCUGUAUACCAGUACAUUGUGUUUGAGGCUGGACACGAGCCAAUCCGUGAUCCCGAAACGGAAGAAAACAUUUAUCAGGUUCCCACCAGCCAAAAGAAGGAAGGUGUUUAUGAUGUGCCAAAAAGUCAACCUGUAAGUAACGGCCAUCCAUUCGAGGAUUUUGAAGAACGGUUUGCUGCGGCCACCCCGAACAGAAACCUGCCGACCGACUUUGAUGAGAUUUUAGAGGCAACCAAGGCUGUGACCCAACUAGAACUUUUUGGGGACAUGUCCACCCCUCCUGAUAUAACCUCUCCCCCUACUCCUGCAACUCCAGGUGAUGCCUUUAUCCCGUCUUCAUCUCAGACACUCCCGGCGAGUGCAGACAUGUUUAGUUCUGUACCUUUCGGCACUGCUGCUGUACCCUCAGGUUAUGUUGCAAUGGGCGCUGUCCUCCCAUCCUUCUGGGGCCAGCAGCCCCUCGUCCAACAGCAGAUCGCCAUGGGUGCUCAGCCACCAGUCGCUCAGGUGAUGCCGGGGGCUCAGCCCAUCGCAUGGGGCCAGCCGGGUCUAUUCCCUGCCACUCAGCAGCCCUGGCCAGCUGUGGCCGGGCAGUUUCCGCCAGCCGCCUUCAUGCCCGCACAAACUGUUAUGCCUUUGCCAGCCGCCAUGUUCCAAGGUCCCCUCACCCCGCUUGCGACCGUCCCAACCACGGGUGACUCCACCAGGUCAAGUCCACAGACCGAGAAGCCCAGGCAGAAAAUGGGGAAAGAGAUGUUUAAGGAUUUCCAGAUGGCCCAGCCUCCACCCGUGCCCUCCCGCAAACCCGACCAACCCUCCCUCACCUGUACCUCAGAGGCCUUCUCCAGUUACUUCAACAAAGUCGGGGUGGCACAGGAUACAGAUGACUGUGACGACUUUGACAUCUCCCAGUUGAAUUUGACCCCCGUGACUUCUACCACGCCAUCAACCAACUCACCUCCAACCCCAGCCCCUAGACAGAGCUCUCCGUCCAAAUCAUCUGCAUCCCACGCCAGCGAUCCUACCACAGACGACAUCUUCGAGGAGGGCUUUGAAAGUCCCAGCAAAAGCGAAGAGCAAGAAGCUCCUGAUGGAUCACAGGCCUCAUCCAACAGUGAUCCAUUUGGGGAGCCCAGUGGGGAGCCCAGUGGUGAUAAUAUAAGUCCACAGGCCAGUAGCUAGAUAGCACAGGUCUGGUGGGAUCCAAAUGCUUUAACCUUUGAAGCAAAGUGUCCCUGCAUCUGCCUACACUCCACAGACCUAAAGAGGUCACCAACCAAACAUCCGGUGAAGCCAGGCGAAGAAGCAAGAACAAGCCUUGGAAUGAGACUGAUAGACGUAAGCUCACAGCAGCCCAUUUAGUGUUGCCACAAGGGACCCCCUCGCCCUUCGUAACGUAAAGGCAAAAUGCGAAGCUCAGAGACACGUAGCAUUCGCUUGAGGCACUGCUGUUUGCACCUGUGCUACAGCAUGUGGUUUGCUACUGAACCACUUCAGAUUCCAUCAGCAGCUACUUUGAGAGAAGUGUCCUUACAUUCACUAGAAGUGGCUUCUGGCACUUGAAUCUCAAUACAUCUGAUUUGGUCCCAAGAAAGAGGAGCUGAUGAAGCAAACCUUCUCAGGAGACAGAAGUACACCUCGUUGCCCAGACGUGGUUUCUCAGGUCGCUCCUUGACGAAUGUGUUCGAUUUUCAGAUGCCUGCCUAGUUUUCCACAAAUGUGUAGGGCUGCAAGGCUGUACCCACAGAGUUCCUUUCCUUAGUCCUGAACAGCGUGGUCAGCACCAUUAAAAUGGUAAAUAGUUUUCACCAUUCAUAACUCGGUGCUGAGGCUCAAAAUCCUCCGUUCGCAUGUAAGUUAUUUUGACAGUUAUUGAAAGCUAAAACAGUGUUUGGGAAGUGCAUUUUGUUAAUAGAUUUUAUGAUGAAAGAGCUCAACAUGCUGUAUAUUUUGCUACAUUUUGUACCAGUACAGUAGCAUAUAAUAACACAUAUGCCAUGCAAAAUACCUGUCUAAAAAUUCAGCCUUGCAAAGCUCUUUGGGAAGCUGGUGAAUUUAAGGCAAAGUCAAUGUUCCAGGAAAGAGGAGAGCUGAGGAUUAUGGGUGGAUGGCUUGGAAAGAUUCCCCAAGAGGUUUCCUACCCCCUUGUGUAUGUUUUAUUUCACGUGCUCAACCUUUUUGAAAAAUUUGAUGCAUGAACCAGAGGUGACAAGAGCCAUUCGUCAGUAUAACAGCUAACAUCAUCCUAAAAUUGAAGUUCUUCUAGAAAACAAAGAUGACUUACACCAUUUGCAGAUCAAUGUAUCAAACCCUCAUCUUUAUGAGCCCGCUCAGCUUGAGACAGUCCAACAAGCUGAACCGGGUCUUGGGGCUUCAGUCUAUUCCGUGUUUGAUGCUCCAUCCAGAACCCCAUGCCAUGGGAAAAUGUGAUUUCUUAGUUCUCUGGCUUCCCCAGUCCCAUAAUCAGAAUGAUGCCAGCUGGGGGCUCACAGGCCACCUCUCACUUCCAAAAAGUAAGCAGGCUUACAUUCACAUAUAAAUUAUAAUAAAUGGCUCCCAACCCCAAAAGGGCUGGACUGUAAUCUUCAAUGAAACAGUUUUCUCCCUUUGAACACUUCACUUGGCAUGAUCACAAUUGCCUGUUGAGAAUCCCAAGCCAGGAGGCUGAUGCCAGCCUUGCAGACAUAUCCCCUAAGACACCCACAGUUGAAGUCCACAUGAGCCUUUCUGGGCCCCUCCAUCAACAGCAAUACAAGCUGCAUGUGAUCUUUCCGCCCCUGUCACAUCCGCUCAUCUGCGCAAUUAAAAAUCUACUUAACUGCACCAGCUUAGGGCCUUUCCAGACAUUUGGAGAAGGGACACUAUGAAGAGAAAGUUACAUCCGUGGCUCUAUUUUCCCCUCUGUUUUUGUGCAGUUGGAAAGGAGGAGUCUUGUCCUUCUUAUCACCCUUGCAUUUUAUCUCCAGCUGCUUCUGAUUAGAAAUACCCACACGGUUCUUAGUAGGUGGGGGUAACAUCUAAGUGAAAGCCAUAUCACACCGUCACACCAUAGUAAGAGAGAACAAACGGACUCAGUCCUCGCAGGUGGAAGCUUCAGUACCAAUCUCAAACACCAGUUCUGUUUUAGCAAUAAAGGGAAAUAUCUUCAGUUAUUUCAUUUUUCCCCUUACCCUCCCGUCUGGGACAAUCCCGUGUCUUUGAAAGACUGGGUCAAUGGGGCGGGGGGGGGGGGGGGGGAGAAAAAGAACCAAAAUAAUAUUGUAAUGGCUGGUGUGGGAAUGGCAGGUAAUUUAUACUUCACUGAUGUGUUGCUGGAGCAGUUUUAAGGGCGAGAUGUUAGCUUUUGAGGAGAUGAAAGGAAAAUGAAAACAUUUAUUUGGUUAAAUGGCUAAGUAAAUAAACUGCCUAUCAGACUUUCCCAGCUGUCAAAUCGAAGUUGCAUCUGUAACAAUGGGGAAUUGUUUGGUCUGUCUCCCUUAGUAACAAUAGAUAUUGCCAUAAAUAAUAAGUCGUUGUCAUGUUUUUAAUACCGAUCUUCAUAGUGGGAAUCCAAGACAUGUAAAAUAUUACCUGAUGGAUUUCUAGUGUUCAAGGGAAAAGAAAGCUGAACUUCAGACGCUUUAGGUGGAAGAAUCUUUAAAAAAAAAAAUUAAAAAAAUAAAAACACAAUCUUUGUAAGAAGAAAGAAAGAAGUGCAUAGAGUCAGGGACUUAGGUCUGGAUUAUGGUUUCAAAGCUGGUGACCUUAGGCAAGCAUGUAACCCCUUUGUAUCCUGGUCCCUCACGUGGAUAAAUAUGGGUAAUUAGUUAUAACAGCUCCUUCCCCAGGCUGCCCCAGCAUCAAUAAUCAUGACCAUGAAAGAGCUUUGUCGGCUUUGGAAGUAAAAUACAUGUAUUUGGAAUUAUUGUUAUUAUUCUAUUUUUAAAUACAAUGAAACAACAGAGCCUUGAACCAAAGAACCAUAUAAAACAGAAAAUAAUCUGUCUGUCUCUUGGACAUAACAGUCAGAGGCAAGUCCAACCCCAAGGCGUUGGAGUCAUGCAGUUAGGAGAUGGGAAGGGCCCCUCUGAGGACCAUGUCGGCCACGGUGGAGAGGUGGGCUGGGUGCCCAGAAAUAUUUAAAAGACGAAAUCAGGAGACCGUUAAGAGUGAAGGGAAGUGGGAGGUGAGGACAAGGACAUAACCAAGGACAACCCCCGCAUUCCUAAUUUGGGGAACUAGACAGGACAGCAUGCUUGAGCAGAGAGAGGGUGGGUUUACUUUGGAACUUGAGUUGAACUUGAGAUGCCCAUGAGACAGCCAAGUAGAGAUGCAGGAGGCUGCUGGAUUCAAGAAUCUGGAGAUCAAAAGAGAAAACCAGACUAAACAGCAAGAUUUCGAAAGGGGUCCAAGCCACUGAAGGGAUGGGCACAAGUAGAAUAUGUUGAUCGUUUAGACCAGAGGUCAGCAAACUCUAUAAACGUUUAUGCUUUGGGGAGCCUGGGUGGCUCAGUGGGUUAGGCAUCCGAUUUCGGCUCAGGUCAUGAUCUCACGAUUUGUGAGUUCGAGCCCCGCCUUGGGCUCUGUGCUCACAGCUCAGAGCCUGGAGCCUGCUUCGGAUUCUGUGUCUCUGUCUCUCUCUGCCCCUCCUCCACUCAUGCUCUGUCUCUGUCUCAGAAAUAAACAGACAUUAAAAAAAAAAUUAAACAUUUAUGCUUUGUGGGCCAGGUCUCUGUCACAACAAGUCCACUCUACUGUUAGAGAAAGAAAACAACAAGAGAUAAUGCAUAAAGGAACGAAUGUGGCUGAGUGCCAAUAAUACUUUAUUUAAAAUACUUUAUCAAAUUAAUUAUUAAAAACAGGCAGCCACCAAAAUUGGCCAACGGGCUAUGGUUUGCCGACCUCUGAUUUAGAUCCCACUCACUGUCUCUAGAAUCACUCUGCAGAAGGUAAUCACCAUGCCUUUCAUUUACUACUACUAAUAAAAUAUAUUUCAAAAUUACUAGCGUGUUUAUAACCCUUACAGAAACAUCACCUAAUUCAAUCCUCAGGGUCACCCUCUUAAGUAUUUUUGUUAUUCCCAUUUCACAGAUAUGACAAGUAAGACAAGUAGACAGGUUAAUGGCUUGCUAAAAUCACAAGAUUUACACAUAAUGGGGCUAGGAUUUGAACCUACACCCACAUUAUAUAGCUCGAGAGCUCUCAACCCCACCAGGACCACAUGGGUUUUAGCAGCUUCUUUUUGACUUAACAGCUGUGUGAUUGGAGCUAGAUGGCUUCAUUUCUGACCUUUGGUCUUCUCUUCUGUAAAACAAUUCCCAUAUCCUUCCAGCUGACAUUCUAGAACCUUCUAACUUGUCCGGCUCACCCAGUCAGGGUAUGGAAGACCCACUCCUCACACAAGAUCUUUAACAGCACCCCUCCCCCAGGCUGCCUUAUUCUAACAAGGGACAGGACUGAAGCCCCUUAAAUAUGCUGACUUUAUUAGAGUUCCCAGAGACUAUUGGCCUGAGAUCCAGUACCCUCUCCUGAUGACCAGGACUUUACUCUGGACAGGACCCUCUGCUCAUGGCAGAGAAUUGGUGUCAACAACCUCAGCGUCUUCAUCUACUUUGUGACAACAGCAAGAAAGAUGAUGUACAUGUGCAAAGCAGAUAAUUUGUGUCCAUCAUUGUUGGAGAAAUGUAGAAUUGAUCAAAAUGUUUGUGGACAACCCCCCCGCCAACUCAGAUUUUGCAUCUCUGGAUUCACCAAGUGUGUUUCAACAUCCCAAGAUCCCAGGGAGCAAGUGCAUUUGGGCAGCAGUGUCCAUCUCUGAGGUAUUUGUCUUAAAUCCAUCCUGUAUUUUAAAGACUUUUCUACCCUGAAAGGCAAACAUGCAGCCUGAAAGUGAUCAGAAAACUUUGUGGGGUUUUCUUUUUCCUUUUUGUUCAAAGACUCCCAGCAUUUGUUAAAACAUUUUAUGUUAUCUGAGCUCAUUUGUUACUUGUUACAAUCCCUUAAGGUAGAUGUUACAAGCCCCAUUUUACAGAUGAAGAAACUGAGGCCCAGGUAAAACGCUUGCCUAAGUUCAUACAGGAAGUUAGGAUUGCUAGGGUCUUUCUGGCUCUAAAACCCAUGCAUUUUUAAUGAUUCUAUUCAUGUCUUCAGAUAGGACUUGAUUCAUGUCAGCCUCAUUUCCACUCCCUGGCUACCACCACCUUUUUCAUUUGCAAAGCCAGGAAAUGUAAAAACCCCGCUUAGCUGGGCCCCAGCGUUGGGGCUGGUUAUUGCCUCAGCAGGGUGGUGCUGAGGGGCUCAAGCUUUAGCUCCUAUCUGGCUCCGGUCUCACCCCUGGCUUGGCUAAGUGUUGACCCCAGACAUAGACGGGUUGCUCAGCAAGCUGAUUGCAUGGUGCACAUUGACCUCUCCUCUGAGACCACCUUUCUCAGCAUGCCCUGUCUUCUCUCCACCCAUAAUUUUUUCAAGGGACGUAUCCUUCGGUAGAUGCAGCUAAAAGAGGUUUCCGAAAAUAAACUUAAUAAAAAUUAAAUGGGUGCAAAGGACUAAGCAUAAUUUAGGUGGCUUCAGAAAGGGGCUCAUCGUAAGGCGGGAUAGGAACCUUCAAGCCAAAAUGGUGUGGCCAACUGGGGGAAGCGAGGAAGCAGACACAGAAAUGAGAGACCACACCCUGGGCUGCUCUCCUGUGUUUCCGAAACUUCCGGAAAAACAACCCUCAAGCCUGAGGCCUCAGCUUCUCCCUGUAGGCGAGAGGUGUCAGGCCACGAGCCGUUCUUACUUUGACCUUCCACAAGAGGGAGCACAUGGUAAUGGAGAGGACAGUGGGCAUAAGGAUACCUGAGUCCGUUUCCAUGUAACUCCAGAAAAAGACAAAUCUGCUGAUAGUGGUCAAAAGCAGAUCAGUGCUGGUGGCUGGCACUGGAGAGAGGGGUUGACUAAGAAGGACACAGGGAAGGUUGUGGAAGUUCUGUAGCUUGAUUGGGGUGACGAGGGCCACACGGGUAGAUAUGUUUUUCAGGACUCCUCCGACUGUACACUUAAAAUAGGAACAUUUCAUUGUCUACAAACUACGCCUCAGUGAAGUUGAUUUUAAGAUGAGAAUAGGUGAACUCACAGGAAUGGAGAGCAGAUCAGAGGUUACCAGGGGUUGGGGCUAUGGGAGACUGCUUAGUAGGUGCAGUCUGUUUGGGGUGAUGACAGAGUUGUACAACGCUGCAGGCAUAAUUAAUGCCACUGAGUUGCACACUUAAAAAUGAUUCCAAUGGCAAAUGCUUUGCUAUGCAUAUUUAAUUGCAAUUUAAAAAAAAAAAGCUAAAAAACAAGCAAGCAAAUAAACCUGGUUCUAUCCCAGCUCUGCCCUGUGCUGCCUGAAUGACCUUGGGUGAGUCCCCAAGGUCUGAGAAACUUGCUUCUUCGCUAUAAGUAGAGAUAGGAAUAUCCAGGGGACAGCCUCACUAUGAAGCCCAAGUGAGAUGGUGUCUGUGAGCUAAGGAAGUCCUUGCAGACUGUAUAUGUUUCUGUAAACAUAAGCUCUUAUCGCCCUAAUUCUGUGAUUCUCCAUGGCUACUGUACAUGAACACAUAAUUCGUACAGGGCAUCGUCUGCAAACAUGUGGAAGUGUCUUCUCCACGGGACCCUGCACCCAGAUUCUAUAGAUUUAACCCCACAUUCUUUCCGCACAAUUUCCCUGGGCUAGUCCAGUGCCGUUAUUAGAUUUCCUAACAGAGCCCCGUUACAGUGGCUCCUAUGUGCUCUGAAGGAGAAGCCACCUACAGGUGAUUGUGAGGCCUAAAACUACCUUCUACAAAGGAGGGAUAAAACCACAUCCCCAGGCAAGAGGGACCUAACCUUUUUGGAGUAUCUCUUACGUGUCAGGCUUUCUGCUAGGUAAUCAAUGUAUAUUUCCUCCUUCGAUCCUCACCACACCUCUCACAGAGGGGACUUCUAGGCUCAUUUUACUAAUGAAGAAACUGGAAAUCAGAGGGGUAAAGUAACCCGCACAGAGUCCUCCAGUCCUAGUCCCCUGCCGUGACCUGUAUAGACCUCUGUCCGCACUGCAUCAUGCUAUCUUCUAGUAUGUUCUACACAGUGAGCUCCACUGUGCCCAAAUUCUGAGUGGGAGCAGAGUGGCCCAUGUCACCUGCAGAGUCCAGAAAGUCUUUCUACUGGAGCUGGGUCUGAAAGUAGAAACUCCCAUUGUAGGACAAAGAGAGGCCCCAACGGCAGAAGAAACUGCCCGAGCAGAGUCUCAGAGAUGGGAAAAUCCUGUCAUGUGACCAGGGUGACCAGAAGAGCAGAAGGUGGGGCAUAAGAGAGAGAAUGGAAAUAGAUGAGGCUGGAUAAGAAGGUGGAGCCAUAUUGGAAGGGUGCCAUCCUGAGGGGUUUGCAUUUUCUUUGGGGUAAUAAGGAGUCGGGAGGAUUGUUUUGAGCAGGAGAAUGGCAUGACCAAAUCCAUUGCAGAAAGAUCAUUCUGGCAGAGGCAUAAAGACAUUAAAAAAAAAAAAUCAUGAUUUACGUGACCUGAAGGUUGGGUUUUGAUUCACGGUCUGGAAGGGGCAUUUAUUAGCUCUAAUGGACUAAGAGACAAAUGGGUCUCGUGUGCCCAGCUAAGGAGCUUUGACCCUACCCUGUGGGUGAUUGGGGAGCCUUUGAAGGAGGGCAGAGAUGUGGUCAGAUCUGCCAAAAGAAAACAAAAAAUAUCAAUGGUGUGCUAUGUUAAUGUAUGAUUCCAUUUAGGCUUUUGGAAUAUUGAAAAUAGCCUGAAGACCCCACCAUGACCUUGCCAGAAGCCAGGUCAGAAAUUUCUGGAUCAAAUGAUUUCUUACUCCCCUCCAGCUCUGACAGUCUAAGAUUCUGUAACAAGGAAGUUAAAGCUAUUGCCAAAACGUAUAAUGCAUCACAGUGUCAGACUUUGGGAUUAUCUGCUGCUUGGGGUUUUCCACACCACUGCUCCCCUUCAUUAGUGGGGAUAAUUGAGAGUUGACUGCAGUCCUUACCACUGUUAUGAUGGGUAUUUGAAACUAAAUUCCGGCAAGCAGGAGAUGUGUGAAUAUUUAUCUCAGCUGCAGAAAGUUAAUGCAGUGUGGCAUUAAUUACCCUGUCUGGGCCUGCUGUCUUCUUCUGUUUUUAGGUGUCAUUCUCUGUUGAAUAAAUUAGUUUCCAAAAUUAGAAUAGAGCAAAUUGUAGGGUGAGAUCAAGGCGGCCUGAGUUCUUAGGAUAUCC